AUGGCUGCGGACGAGUUCUCUCUGUCAGAGGAGAUGAAACCCAGCAGCAGUGCUCUCUUCGUACCUCCAGACGGUCUGUGCUGGGUGUCGGUGCUCUCCUGUCUGCUGCUGGCCUGCUCUUAUGUUGGCAGUCUGUACGUGUGGAAGAGCGACCUGCCCAGGGAUCACCCCACUGUGAUAAAGAGACGCUUCACCAGUGUGCUCAUCGUGUCGGGCGUGUCGCCUCUCUUCGUGUGGGCAUGGAGAGAAUUCACAGGUGUCAGGACUGGCCCAUCGUUACUGGCUCUCAUGGGGAUCCGGUUUGAAGGCCUCAUUCCUGCUGUCAUACUUCCUCUGAUGCUCACCAUGGUCCUGUUUCUGGGCCCUCUCAUGCAGUUGGCUAUGGACUGUCCCUGGAGCUUCCUGGAUGGGAUCCGGGUGGCUUUAGACCCGUGGUUCUGGUCGUUGUGUUUCAGCGACAUGCGCUGGUUGAGGAACCAGGUGGUGGCUCCGUUAACAGAGGAGCUGGUGUUCAGGGCCUGCAUGCUGCCCAUGUUGGUGCCCUGUGCUGGUCCUCUCACCGCCAUCUUCACCUGCCCCCUCUUCUUUGGAGUGGCUCACUUCCACCACGUGAUAGAGCUGCUGAGGUUCAGACAGGGGAGCCUGUCGGGGAUCUUCCUCUCUGCAGUAUUCCAGUUCUCCUACACAGCAGUGUUCGGGGCCUACACUGCCUUCAUCUUCAUCAGAACAGGUCACCUGAUGGGUCCGGUGCUCUGCCACUCCUUCUGUAACUACAUGGGUUUCCCAGCUGUCAGCACAGCGAUGGAGCACCCGCACCGCUUCACCGUCCUCACCUCCUACCUGAUGGGGGUUGUCCUCUUCCUGCUCUUCCUCUUCCCCUUCACUGACCCCUCCUUCUACGGCCUCCCCACCCCAGUGUGCACCCUCACCUCCUCCCCCAGCUCCCUGUGCCUCUCCUGAUCCCUGCCCUCCCCCCCCCACCCUCCCCUCUCCACACACACACUUCUCUGCUGUUGUCACGUCACCUCCCACUGAUGAAGCAGUUGAGGGUGUUUGUUUUUGCCAAGUUAGAGUUCAGGUCAGGUCAUGUUUUAGACCGACAGCCAUGUGGACUAAGAUGCCAUGGAGAGGGGAAGGCUGUAGCUGUUUUUCUACGCUCUGUGGACCGUUGAUAUGUUGAUGCAUUUCCAUGACAUAUUCCAGUUAAUCAGCUGAAGCUCUUACACAGAGUGACUCAGUUUGAAUAGGUGGGUUCAUGUUGCUGGGAAUGAACCCAGCGACAGCCUCUGUUGGCCUGGUUCUGGUUCUAGUGUGGUUAUAACACUGAAGGACAGUUCCUCCUCAGAUCCUCUCUCACUGAUAGAUCUCAUCCAUAUGUGAUGAAGCAUCAUAACGUACCUUUUUGGUGUACUCACUUUUCACUCGGCCUGCUUCAUCUUUUUAAAGGAUCAUUCUGGUUUAUUACAAUUUAGCUUUUAUUUUCAGAUAAGGUGGAUGAAGUGUUCACAACCUGUCUGAUAAUCCACUUAACCAAUAAAUAUGACGGCCAAAACUAUGAAAAUAAGACCUGAGUUGUAGAGUCCAGUUGGGUCUGGAUGGGGUUAUUUUGCUGCGCAACGCUUGGGUUCAGAUUUGGAUUUUAAAGGGGACAUAUCGUAAAACACUCCGUUUUCAGAGCUUGUUUACAUCCAUCUGGGUAGCUGGAGUGUCUACUAAUCAACAAACUGUAAAAUUA